AUGGCGGCUAAGAAUGGCAUCAAAUUUAUGGAUAAUUUACUCUUAAAUAAGAUUAACAUAAAUAACAAUAAGGUCUCAAACGUAGAGCUCAUUGAUUGUCACACCAAUCGUAUUGUUAAACGUAUUGAUUGUCAGUAUUUUGUUAACUCUGCCAACAAUUACUUGACUCGACUUAUAGCCAAACGGUGUCCCACGAGGGUUAGGAUACCCACCCUCUGUGUAUACAAUCAACUGAUGGUCACUAAACCGUUUGAUGGUCUGGUGGAUAGCAGUGGUAGUGAUAGUAUUGUUCCCAUAAUCCAUGACUUCGACCAGAAGUUUACGGUUUAUCAGACGUCCGACCGAUCCCUAUGUCUAACCGUUUUGUCGGAAAACGAUAGAAACGGAGGGCUGAACACAGAGUUACCGGAAAUACACGAAAAUUGGGACGACUUUUAUCGCAUAUUGAAGCCAAUACUAGAGCGCAUACCGGCGCUGAGCGCCGCCAAACUCCACAAACUGGUCGCUCGACUCGAG